GAAAUCACGGCGCGAUCCGUGUGAGAGAAAGAGAGCUCUGGUGUUCGCUUCUGCAUCUCUCUACAAUCCGUUAUCCUCUUCUUCCUCAGCUAGCUCUCAGAGACGAGCAAAGCAAGAUGACUCCAGACGAGUCGUCACUUCUAAACCCUAGACGAACUUCUACGGCUUUUAACUUCUUUCCAAAUUGCAUAUCCUCAUUCUCACCUGCAUUUUCUCAAACACCUUCUGGAGCAUCCAGGAGAAGGAACGCCGAAUUCGUCCCUCCAUGUAAUUUUCUUCGUGACGUCCAUGACUCUUUUGCGUCAACUACUGAAAGUUGUAUCAGAUUUUUUCACUCAUUGGCUUCUGAGAAUCCAUUUCUGCAUAAAUUGCUCUCGUUGCCUUCUGAGUUCCAGAGUUUUCGUCACCAGAUCCACGGUAUGAACUCCAGGAAUUUUCGAGCUCUCUCCAGUCAUAAUUUUGCUGCAGUUUUGCCGGGGGAUUCUGUGGCAGGACUUGUAGUCGCUAACGGUGUACAAAAUUUCUUGAGCCUCUACAAUACACUGUUAGUGGUCAGGCUAGUUUUGACUUGGUUUCCGAACACACCUCCCGCCAUUGUUAGUCCACUAAGCACGCUAUGCGACCCAUAUUUGAACAUAUUUCGUGGGAUUAUCCCACCUCUUGGAGGAACACUUGAUUUGUCUCCAAUAUUGGCAUUCUUGGUCUUAAACGCCUUUACCAGCACUGCCGCUGCCCUUCCUGCUGAACUUCCAGCCCCAAAUUCGUCUCUUGCAAAUCCUACUCCUUUAGAAGGCUCCGUCGAUCUUCCCGCAUCACAAAAGAAAUGGAUGAGAAGGCUUCAGGGAAGUGGAAAAAAGAAGGCUGAUGCUGCUCAAUAGCCUAUAAUUCAGGUUGGUAUCUGUUGAUUGAGCUCAAUUUAUUUGAAACUGCGACACUCUUUCAUCCUUGUAUUCUCUCUAUUGUAAAGUGCGGUUGAUGGGAUUACUACUUUGUGCCAAUUUUCUUGAUUGUGUACACUGUAAAUCUUUUAGUUCAGUCAAAUUGGUGAGAUCGCUUUCUUUCAUCUAUAUCAAGGCAUGUAAAUUUUAUAUUGAAUAGAUUUUUCAGACUAUUUACCUCUA